AUGGCAAACAGCAAAACUUCCAAGAUUCUCGUCAACUACAGCACCGAAACGGUCCGCUUUGAAUAUGAAUGCUCAUUUGAUAAGUUCACAACUCGAAUUGAAACUUUUGUCACUAAAGAGUUUGCUCCACCGGGCCGUCAAGAACCACUGUUCUCAUUGAGUAUAGACCCAUAUGAGGAUGAAGUCACUGUGAAUCUCCUUUUGAUUUCGCCUGAAAAGCUAAAAUGUAAAACGUCAGGAUGGCUGUUGACCAAGAAUGGGGAGAUCUGGAAAAAUAUUGAUUUUACCAAUGCCAUUUCUCAAAAUGAUUACGAAAUUAUAUAUAAUGAAAACCGUUCAGAAAUAACUGAUCCAAAAAACGGAUUGCUGCCAGAAGAUAUCUUCACUUUUUGUUGCGAGUUCACCUUAGAGUUGGAAACAAUUUAUGAAAAGCUGACCAUUGCUCGCCCAAUCCGAAAACUGGAUGACAAGAUGCAAGUACUGGAUGAUCUGGAAAAAUUGCUUCAAAGCGGCGAGUUCUCCGACUUUGAGUUCACCAUCGGCGAGCGAAAAUUUCCCGUUCACAAGGCAAUUCUGCACUCUCGCUCGCCCUACUUCAAGGCAAUGUUUAUGCAGGAUUUUGAAGAGAAAGCUUCCAACAGUGUGCCGAUUGAGGACAUCGACGCCGACAUGUUCACCGAACUGCUCGAGUACCUCUACACAUCAAAGCCUCCCGAGCUCACUGACGAAAUCAAGGCGAUUGAAGUGCUGAUCAUCGCUGACAAGUACCAACUUGAUUCUUUGAAAACGAUUGCUGAAAAUGAGCUCAGCGAAAAGAUGACCGCCGAGUCGAUGUUCAACUUGCUGAUGGUCGCCGACACGUACAACGCCGCAGUGCUCAAGGCUAACGCCAUGAAGUUCAUCGCCAGCAAGGCCACCUCAAUGGACAUUCUAAAGGCGCUUUUUGAAAAUGAACUCUUUGGUC